AUGCCUAUGACCUGUCUUAUCUCCACAGAGAUAAUCCCGGCUGCAAAAGAAAUGAAUGUCAUUUGCUCCUAAGAGCCGCCAUGAUGAAGACAGAGUUGAUCAGCCUUCGCGUUAGGCUACCCGUGUUUGUGUUUGUCAUAGAGGUGAUUAUUGUUGCCCUGUAUGCUGCCUUUGUCACCUACGAUGAGCACACUGAUGCCAGGUUUCAGACCAACCACACUAACCCCAUGGACAAUGCAGUGUACAAGGACUACGCGUUUUUUACAGACAUACAGGUCAUGAUAUUCCUCGGCUUUGGAUGCCUGCUGGCAUUUUUCCGACUGUAUGGCUUUGGGGGGAUGGUUUUUAACUUCCUCACGGCUACUUUUGCCAUCCAGUGGGCAAUUCUGGUGCAGGGGUACUUCCAGUUCAGCCAUGAUGGUAAGAUACACCUUGGAGUGUUCAACCUCAUAAAUGCAGAGUUUGCCUGUGCUGUGGUGCUGAUAUCCUUCGGGGCAGUGCUGGGGAAGACAAGCCCGCUGCAGCUGCUGGUCAUGGCUCUGUUGGAAGUGCCAGUGUUUGCAGUCACAGAAUGGGCCGUGCUGAAGUAUCUGAAGAUCAACGAUGCAGGAGGAUCUAUUCUCAUUCACCUCUUUGCCUGUUAUUUUGGCUUGGGUGUCACAUUUGUGCUUUACAGGCCUCGCCUAAAUGAAGGCCAUGCAAAGGAGAACACCAGCUACCACUCUGACAUUCUGUCUGUGAUGGGAACCUUGUUCCUCUGGGUGUUCUGGCCCUCCUUCAACUCAGCAUUGACCCUGAAAGGAGACGACCAGCACAGAGCCAUCCUCCACACUUUCAUCGGCCUCAGUGCCUCCACGCUCACAGCCUUUGCUCUCUCUGCGAUGCUGAACAAAAACGGUAAGCUGACCAUGGCUGAUGUUCAGAACGUCACCUUGGCAGGGGGUGUGACAGUCGGGGCAUCUGUGGAUAUGAUGAUAUCGCCUGCGGCUGCAUACGCUCUGGGGAUGAUGGGCUGCACUGCAUGUAUGCUGGGAUACAAGUACUUGAGCCCCUUCUUGGCGCGGCGCUUCAGGAUCCAGGAUCAAUGUGGAAUACAUAACUUGCACGGUCUAACGGGACUUAUAUCCUGUGCCGCAGGGAUAUGUGCUAUACUGAUGGCUAAUGAGGAGGUUUAUGGCCCCAGUUUGUAUGAAAUCUUUACACACAGAGCACCAGUGGAAGGAGACCCUAAACUGCAAGAGCUGCAGAGGUUGAUCCCCGGUUUACAGCCAGGUCUGGGGAGGACUGCCCGGGAACAGGCUCUCUUCCAGGUCGCAGCUGUGUUCUGCACCAUAGGAGUGUCAGCGCUGGGAGGCAUCUUCACAGGCUUCGUCUUAAAAGUGCCGUACCUCUCACCACCAUCUGACGAUUUCUGUUUUGACGAUGAGCCGUUUUUUGAUGUUCCUCCAGACUAUGAUGCACCACUUAAACUCAGUGACACAACUACAACUGAGGAUUCUGCUGCCUGACAUGCAACUGCCAAGUGUUGUCAUUGAAUCUGACUGUAGAAGAAAAUGUAUCGGUAUUUGUCUUUAUAAGUAAUGUAAAUUACUAUUACCCAACAGUGCAUUAUAGUGACUAUUAAUUAAAUGUUUACAUCCCUUAUGUUGUAAAUAAGUUGCAAUAUUUGCACCUCAAUUCAACCCUUCUCGGACUGUCCAACGCUGUCUAAUACAACCAGUAAUGUUGCUAUUUAUUGUCCUACAUGUGAACAUUAAAGGAAAUUGAGUGUUAUAGCUCUCUUGGCCAAGAAGUCACAAGUUGGUGAUGUGAAAAAACGUUUUUUUAAACUGUGUGCAGUUUUUUUCUAGUUAUUAUGUCUAUAUUUCAAGCUGUGCAGAAGGAGAACAGUGAACUGCAGCAGAGAAUUCAACAUUUAAAUUUGAGAAUAAGCCCCUUGAGAUGCACCAUCUCUAUAAAGGACCUUGAAAAAUAAAAUGAAAUAAAUGAUGUUAUUGCAUCAGUGCAAUAACAUAAAAAGACACAAACAGGACUCAAAUUUCUAUUACAAGUAGUAUCAGUAUGUAUUAACAACUGCCAGACCAAAUAAACUUGUCAUAUUUGUACAGAGAAAUUAAACUCAUAGAUAAGGUAAAGAAAAAAGAAAUACAGUCAACAGCAAAAUACUGAUGAAAGAUGAAGGUAAAUACAGUCAAGAACAAGAACAUUUGGGGCAAGGAAGCCAAGUUGUGUUGAAGUCGUGAAGGUUGAUAUGAAGUACUUUUGAAUUGUAUAAAUUAUAAGUUAAAAGCUUGUCUGCCAAGUUGUUUAGAAAUGAAGGGCACAGAAAAAAGGAAGUGUGCUGCUGAUGUCUAUGUUGGGAA